AUGGCAUCACUCGAAGGAAAGGUCUAUGCCUUUACCGGCGGUGCCAGUGGCAUCGGCCUAGCCACGGCAAAGAUCGUUGCCAAGCGAGGGGCAACUGUGUGUCUUGCCGACGUCGACCCCGAUGCCAUGAAAGAGGCUGAGGCCUAUUUUUCAGAGCAAAAGAUGCCAUUUUCGGUAACGAGGGUGGACGUUUCGAAAAAGGAUCAAGUCGAAGGUUGGAUAAGCGGUAUCAUCGAGCAGUUUGGCCGUCUGGACGGAGCGGCCAACGUCGCAGGCGUCAUAGGCAAGCACCACGGCAUCCGGGCUGUCGCGGACCUAGAGGACGAGGAAUGGGACAAGAUCAUUGCUGUCAACUUGACGGGGUGCAUGUACUGCCUCAGGGCGGAAUUAAGAAAUGUAGUGGACGGCGGCUCGAUUGUCAAUGUGGCCUCGAUACAUGGCGUCAAAGGUUUCGCCAAACACGGCGCAUAUGACGCCAGCAAACAUGGUGUAAUUGGUCUUACCCGCGCGGCGGCCAACGAGAACGGAGGCCGCGAGGUGCGGGUCAAUGCCGUAGCUCCCGGGGCCAUCUACACGCCGCUGAUGGAGAAGGCCUGGAAGUUCCACAACCGCCCGUCGGACGCCGAGUUCGACGAGCCGACGGCAUUCCAACGCCAGGGUACCGCGGAGGAGUGCGGAAACGUCAUCGCAUUCUUGCUCGGCCCAGAGAGCUCUUUCGUAAGCGGCAGCGUCUAUAACGUCGACGGUGCGUGGCUUUGA